GCAAUCAAAAAAGCAAAAACGCCCAAAGUAUCGCAUUUUGUUUGGUCACUUAUGGUUACGGUUAGAGCUGGGUCGGGGUUAGGCUCGUCAAUUUGUGGAGUUUUCCCCAAAGGAAUGAAUGGAGAGUCCCCACAAAGAUAUAAUUACAAACCUGUCUGUGUGUCUGUGUGAGCAUAUAAAUUCGUACAACGCGAAAGUGGUUUAUCUAAUUAAAACUUAAUAAGAAAAGUUGAAAGAAGAAUUCAUAAAUAAGAUGCAAAGUCGAAACAACAAAUGACUGACUUUUUGCUCGCAUGUACUUGUGAUUCAGUUUAAUUUACAAUGUUUGCUUUAAUACUUCCAAAGGUCUGCAGGACCCGAUCGUAUUUGUUUCUACAUAAGAUUACAGUUCAAUCUCUGCGCUAAAAUACAGCAGUACUGUCACAUUGUAUUUAUUUUAUACACAUACAACAAGCAAUCGGCAACUGUUUAACAUUAAACCCAACAGGUGUUACGAAAAAACUGCUCUUAAAUGGAAUUCAAUUGCAAUACUAGAUACAUAAAUUGAUCAUAUUUAACAAAACCUAAGUAUUAAUUUUCCAAUUAUAGAUAUUCGAUUUGACGUGUCGGUUGUUUUAGGUAAUUGGAUAAUUAUCUGAAAUUUAGCAUCUCUACAUUCUGUGUCGUACACAUUUUUAUGCAAGUCGAUUAUAAAAUUUAUUAUUGACUUGAUAUUUUCUAUUAUUAAAAAUGUUUAUUACUUCUAGUCUUUCCUUGUGUGAUGCUAUUGUCUGUGUAAUAUCCGCUAACAAAUCGCGACAUGCUUUGUUUUGCUCACGCAUAACUCCAGUGAUCCCUAAAUAAGCCUAUGCUGUAUACGGGAGCUGCUCAUAGCGAUUUAUUAUUACGCAUAUCAUCUAUAAACAUUACAUAUUACAUGCAGCGCCGAAGAUAAUGUUUCAUAUUAAUGAGAUUUUGUGAAUUAAUGUGAUACCUCCCUCCUGACACUUGCAUUCAGAACACUACCGCCUAUAUUUUAAGUCGAUAUGUCAAUCGCACUUUAAAUAUACCUGCCUCUUGGGCUUCCUUCCUUUGCACAAUAAGUUGUUUUUACUAUUUUAAGCACUUCACUGCGCCGGUGGAGGGUCCGCCUUCGCUGUGUGCAGUUGCACAUCGUGUGUCGCUAGAGGGCGCCACGACGCCUCUCUGUUCGAGAAGAAUUUCCAAUUAACAGCCGCAGCCGCGCCUGGCCGUAUGGUCCCGUAAGAGGUUGCCGUAGGAAAAUGCUAAUUUCCCGGCCCUGCGUGCCGCUAUUGGCUUCGGACAGCCGUCACAUUAAGGGUGGGAGGGACCGGGAGGCUGCGUGUAUAAAGCCGCAGAUUGCCCUUCGCCGAGCUUCAGGACUGCGCUUGUGCGGUAAAGCUGGUGGUCGGUUGGAGCGCUUGCAAUGAAAGCGAACGGGAAUUUGUUAGUUUAAAUACACAUGAAUAUAUAUAUAGCUUAUUGCAGAAGGCGGACAGCGCGCUGCAUGCAUUUCUUGGUAAAUGUGCAUGAAGUGAGCCGUGCUGAGAGAGGAUUUGCAGCCGGGUGUCCCACUGGAGCGAACUUCUGCGUGUUUUUGUGAACAUUGAACCCCUGACAGCCUCCUGCUGUCACACGGACCGGCACGCGGCAAUUAGAUUACGAUCACUCUACAUACCCAAACCGUUCUGUGAAUUAUUCUUCUUGUUAUUUUUUAUCUUUGUGCAAUUGUUAUAUCAUGGGCUUUUAAAGCUCAUGCAUCAUACAUGUUUUUUUUUCUUAAGAGACUGAAAACCAACUUGAGAAAAGACGGGAAGAAAUAUUCAGAAGUAGCCUGCAGUAAGUCGGGUUGGUCUCUGACUUCGCUGUCUGAAGUUUUCGUUUUGUGCUUGCUGUGUUACGGUGAACUUUUAAUCUAAUAUAAGCUGUCAACAAGGAAACGGGCGAUCUGACAGCUCAAGUUGUUAUACUGACAUCUGCAAAAAUAAUAGCUGUUUUUUUUUUUGCGGACUAACGAUUAGACCGGGCACAUUUCCGCGUGUACGUUUUGAUUUCCAAAGGCCAUUCCUGGUGGCGAUCACCGUCAUAUUGGCAUUACGGACAGGUGUCGUUGCAUGAACUGACAUGGCCACCGACAUCGCCAUGAGCGCCGAACUUCCCAACAGCCCCCUGGCCAUCGAGUACGUCAACGACUUCGACCUGAUGAAGUUCGAGGUUAAGAAGGAGCCCCCCGAAGCAGAGCGGUACUGCCACCGCCUGCCCACCGGCUCCCUGUCCUCCACCCCGCUCAGCACACCCUGUUCGUCCGUGCCUUCCUCGCCCAGUUUUUGUGCCCCCAGUCCCGGGACACAGCCACCCCCCAACCCCAACAACGGCGUGGGCGGCAGCAUCAGCAACAACAACCAAAGCUCCACGAACAAGGGGCAGUUGGAGGACCUUUACUGGAUUCCUAAUUACCAGCACCACCUGAACCCAGAAGCCCUCAACCUGACACCGGAGGACGCCGUGGAGGCCCUUAUUGGCAACGCGCAUCACCACCACCACCACCACCAUCAGCCCUUCGAGAAUUACCGCGGCCAGCAGUACGCUGGGGAGGACCUGUCCACCGCCUCCACAGGACACCACCACCAGGCCCACCACCACCACCAUCACCACCACCACGGCCACCACCUGCGUCUGGAGGACCGCUUCACGGACGAGCAGUUGGUCAGCAUGACGGUGAGGGAACUGAACCGGCAGCUGCGCGGUUUCAGUAAGGAGGAGGUCAUCCGCUUGAAGCAGAAGCGCAGGACCCUGAAGAACCGCGGCUACGCGCAGUCUUGCCGCUACAAACGCGUGCAGCAGCGGCACAUGCUGGAGAGCGAGAAGUGCACCCUGCAGAACCAGGUGGAGCAGCUGAAGCAGGAGGCCGUCCGCCUGGCCAAGGAGAGAGAUCUCUACAAGGAGAAGUACGAGAAGCUGGCGAGCCGCAGCUUCACGGCCAGCGGCAAGGACUCCCCCGGCGGCAGCCACGGAAAAGCCGGCUCGGCCGAGUUCUUCAUGUGAGCCCUGUUUCCUUUAAAGACUUUUUAGGCGCUUUGGUCGAGCGACUAUUUUUUACUUAUGUUUUGUUUGUUUUUCUCUUAGUUUGAGGACUUUUUGUUCAAAGCUAUUAUUUUAACAACACAGAGUAAUGUCAUAUUUGGAUAUUGUAAAUACAGAAAUUAUAUAGAGAUAUUUAUGGAAUUGUAAAUGCGAGAGAUGUAUAUGUCAUGUGGGCGGGUCUGAAACGCUAGCCGCGACUUAGAUUUGGUUUGGCCCAAGGUUUCCAUAACGAGUUAAAGCUUUGAACUGAAGAAAUUGAAUUAGGAUACACAGUUGUAAAAGUAGUGUAAGGGAGUACCCCAGAUUUCUUGCUAAAAACUAAUGGCACUGGAUGCCGGCUUCUCACUGCGGAGAUCCGGCCUUGGAAAGUAUUUCGAUCUGGAAAGGGGAUCAUCUUUACUUCGUCUAAUUCUCAUAGACAAAGUUUAAAAGGCAUAGAUCACAACGUUUUCUUAACAUUAUAAGUCUUACUGAAACUUAUAUCGAUGUAACCCUAACGAAAGAGGGAAGCGGCACAGUUUUCUUGAUUUUUGAUUUACGCAUUUUUGAGUGUCUUAAUACGAACGAGUCUUACGAAUGGGGAUGAAGACGGGACGUCCGGACAAGACGUGUUUCCUGAAACUGGAAUUAAGACACGCCGAAGGAGGCGAAGCAAUACAUUUUUAUAAACGAGGUGUCGGACGGUCUGUCAGAGGGACUCUCAACUGGAUCCACAGGGGAACCAAUGUACUGUGAAAGGACUACACGACCAUCACAAGUCUUGUAUAGCAACUUUUAGCAGCCCAGCAUGCAGGACAUGUAU